AUGUCUGGUUUUAAUUCUGGGCCAGCAGGUACUUCUGUGCUACCCGGUGAGCUUAGCAGUGCGAAGAUUCGUGAGCUCAUGGAAAACGCCCAGCGCACUAUUGCGGAGAGGAAACAAUCUUUGGGUUUGGGACUCAUUGCAGAUCCGGAAACUGCAGAGCGAGCCCGAAGAGCUGCUGAACUUCAAGCCAGAAUUGCUUCAAGGUUUGAUUCCCUCGUUAAUGGGACAGAAGCUUCGCCACUACCGCAAGAAGAUCCUGUCAGGAAUCUUAUUUUCGAUGAACAUGGCAAAACAAUCGAUGCUGUAACUGGUGAAGAAAUUCGUAUACCUCAGCGGACGCCCACCCUUAAGGCAAAUGUGAGGGCGCAAAAAUCCCAAACCGUUAAAGGGACUACUGAUGGAACGAAUAACAAAGAUUCUUCGAGAGCGUUGGCUGCUAGUCGUUAUUUCGAUCCUCGACUCAGUUUGAAAGGUACUGCAAGACCAAGGAGGUCUCUAUCAUUCUAUGAACAUGGGAAGUUUAUAAAAAUUGGUCAGCGCUUGCGAACCAAGGCUCAGUUGGAGAGGCUGCAAGAAUCUGUUGCCCAAGCGGCUAAACGCACUGGCAUCGCUAGCGCUGCUAAGCUGGCUACGAUUCAGCCCAAGCGGCAUGUAGAUGAAACUUCUGUACCUAAUUUGGAAUGGUGGGAUGCAUAUAUCAUGAAAGAUGGAGUAACAAACUAUGGGGCAUCGGAUGACGAUGAUGUGGGGAAGCUCAUAAACGAGUCGUGGAUUACUGACUUGAUUGAGCAUCCAAUAAAAAUGAGAGCUCCGACGGAUCUAAAUAAGCCUCCUGAAAUUCCUCUAUUGUUAACCAAAAAAGAGCGAAAAAAGCUGCGCCGGCAGAACCGUCAAGAGGCACAAAAGGAGCGUCAGGAGCGCGUCCGCCUCGGUCUGGAAAAACUGCCAGAGCCUAAGGCUAGUUACCCCUCUGUUAAAUUGGCCAACUUAAUGCGAGUGUUGGGUUCAGAAGCUGUACAGGAUCCUAGCAGAGUUGAGGCCUAUGUUCGUAAGCAAAUGGAGUCUCGGAAGAAGGCACAUGAAGCCGCGAAUGCUUUCCGUAAACUGACAAAAGAACAGGCUAGGUUCAAACGCAUUCGAAAGAUUCGCGAAGAUACAUCUGUUCGAACAUACGUGGCUGUAUACAGAGUUCGAGACCUUACAAAUCCCGCCCACCGCUUCAAGGUGGAAACAAAUGCCAACCAACUUUUCAUGACUGGUCUUGUGGCGAUGCACAGCGACUGUAAUGUGAUUAUAGUUGAGGGUGGACCUAAGCAGCAACGUCGAUUCAAGCGUCUCAUGCUGCAUCGGAUAAAGUGGUUGGAAAAUAAACGCGGUAUUGUCGAAUCGGAAGUCGCCAAUUCUACCUGUACUCCGUGCACACUCGUGUGGGAGGGCACCGUUAAACAACGCGCCUUUGAUAAUAUGCAAGUAAAGGUCUGCCCCACGGAACUCUUUGCACGGGAGCUUUUUCGAAAGCGCGAUGUGGAACAUUACUGGGACAUGGCUUACAGCGGUGCUCGAUUGCGGCGUUUCGUUAGCUACACGUGGUUGGGAUGUAAUAUUUUCGAUCGCUACGUAGACAAACGCCGUCGUAAUCACUUGCUGAUGAACAGGAAUUGGACGUCUCCAAAGAUAACCGGUUCAAACGGUGCUACGCAUGAUUUGAACCAGGUCGCUCGUGAGGUACCUCGGAGUUCACGUGCAAGAAACCGAGUGCCUACCGCUUUUAAUUCUGCGGCCUGUCCAGCUCCUAGCAAUGAUAGGCAGCUGCGGCCAACGAAAUUAAGAGUCUUAAGGAAGAGGUGCGAGGUGGUCAAGACUCCUUUGGAACUUCCAGCCCAAGUAACUACCAGCAAUGCGCCCAGUGGCUCCGCAAAAUCUUUUGUUUCGGAGAAUGUCCUUGAUUAUUACCAACCUCCAGGCAAGUAG